AGGGGAACUGAAAUCCCCUAACAGGGCUGAGGAGGCAGGAGGCACUGUCAAGUCCUCAGAGAGCAAAAGGGAGUUGAAGUGAGGAGCCUUGAGUAGGACAGAAAGCUGUGGUUGUCCCUAAGGAGGUGGAACAGAACAGGGCGAAGUGACUUUAUUGAUUUCUGCUGCAGGAACUUCAGAUCUUUUUAUCAUGGAUGUCAGUGAAGCCUGCAUCUCACUGUUUGUGAUGGCAGUUACAAUGAUGGUCACGGCUGGAUGCAGGCAACUGGUCAGGCAGUCUCAUAAGCCAAAUAUCAUCUGCUUCUUCCUUGAGUUAACUGGAAUCUUCCAGAUCUGUGCCUGUACUCAUGAGAUUUGUCUACUGGCUGAUUUGCCACCCAAACCUCAUGUGGCACUUGCCCUCACUUAUGUUUUCACUGCUCUUCAUGGUUUGACUUUGCCUGGCAGCACCAACAACCCCUCCAGCAGCUUUCAACUUCUCUGCAAGGGUAGGAUCACAGCCAAGACCUGGUGGCUACAGACUUCAGCUCAGUUCACUGGAGCAGUAUUGGCUCAUCUUUACAUCAAAUUAAUCUGGAUGUUGGGGAUGACAUCAGUGCACUUAAAGACAGCAGCAGAGAAUUGUAGUACCCCAAUUCAAACUACCUUAGCAAAAGCUUUCGUCCUAGAACUCCUGUUCUCUUUAUUGCUCCACCUGACCUUACAGACCUUUGAAUCAAUGAAUCCCAACACAAAGGUCCAUCUAGUUGCCAUGCUGAUUACCAUUAUGGUAUAUGAAGGAGGACAUCUCACAGGAGCCAUAUUUAACCCAGCUCUGGCUUUUUCUUUGCACAUAAGUUGUUUUGCUCAGCCUGAUAAAUUUUGGAAUUAUUUAUUGGUAUACUGGGUUGCACCAUGCAUAGGGUCCGUGUUGGUGUUUUUGUUUUGGGAUGAAAUCCUUCCUUUGCUACACAGACAAGGGUAAAAUGGUAAAGCAAGGAGAUGUUCAAAAGAUUCUGUUAAAAAUGGAUGUGAAGAGACUGGACAUUAGAAUCACUUUGGCAACUUUCAUGUCAUUCUUUGGGGAGUAUCAUUACAGGACUCUACAACACAGUAUUUAUCUGACUUGUCAAAAGCAGAGCCACGUAUUUCAAAACUGGAAGAAUUUGUUAACGUAAUGUUCAGGGGUUGUUGGUUUUUUAUUGUCUCCUGCAUCAAAAUAGUUAUAAGAAAAAUAGAGAACACUUCUGGUAACCGGAUGCCUGCUUCACUUCUACCUGUGUAAUUUAGGCAAGCUUCUUGAACCUGCCUCAAGUGACUUACUCUGCACCUUUUAUUAUCCAGCCUCCAUUCCAAUUCAAGCCUGCAUCUACAGCCACAAAAGUGCACUUUAAGGGAAGGAGGGGGGAAACAGUAUCCAAAACUUGACACACUUUCAAUAUUAAGGCAAGGUAAGUGUGCAAAAGGGAGAGGUGGACACAGUACAAAAUGUUUUACUAAGGCUCAGGUCAAGUAGUUCUAGAUCUGUAACAGGGAAAUUCCUCUGUAUGCCAGACAAAUAAUUUAAGUUGCUACAAUUUUAAGAUGUCUGUUAGGAAGCAAGCAAUGCUAACCCUAGCCGACAUUCACUGAUACCUGUUUACAAAAGCCAUUUAGUGCUCGGUAUUUUAAGGCAUCUCGUGCACCACAGUAACAGAAUCUAAUUGUUCUAAUGGCACAGACUCAGCAGGCAUGGACCAAAAAGACAGAAAGCAGGCCAAGGGCAGAAAGUUUACGUCUCUUGGUGAUCUCUUUAUAUUUCCAUUUUUUUAAAGAAUGAAAUUAUCUGGAAAUGAAUGUAGUACAUGUCUGAAGGUGGCUAUGCAUCACAAAAGUCAUCCAGACAUUUUAUCAGUUAAUUGGUUUCACAAAUGUAGCCAGGAUUUUGUGCUUCACUAAAAACCUUUAAUGAGGCAUUUGCAUAAAAUUCUGGAACAGAACGGAAGGUAGCGAACACUAGGUUUUUGAUUAGCAACACAAAUCUGCUAUAUUAAUUCACAUCCAAAGUUUUUAAAAAAUCAUUUCAGCAGCCAACUUUUGCUGUAUGCUGCUGUUUUGCCUACAAUCAAGUUCCACGUUUCCCCUUACCCAUGACAGCCUUCCCCCACCAUCCGGUUCUUAAGUCGGUGCUCACAUUUAGGAAUCUUGAAGGACUUACGACAAUAAACACUACAGUUCUGACCUAUUCUCAGCUCACAGAAGCAUGCUCUAAAAAUCCCAAACUAGUCUG